GGACGAGCAACUGGAAAAACUUAGGAUCAACUAUAUGAAAAUGGAGCAACUUGUAGCUGCCAAGGACAGCCGUUUGGAAUCCCUAGAACUUAAAGUUCAACAUCAAGAAAUACUGGAAGCUAAAAUGAUUCGACUUGAGACUGAAGUGACUCAAAUGAAAGCUCAAGCGAUUCGGGCACAAGAGCCGAGGCUGUUAACUGCCCAGCAGCAAAGUCGAAAUUACAUCAACGCUACUAGUCUGAGGCAAGGGACAACUCAAUUACCCAAAUUCUGCGUGGACCUUAAAAUUAUGGGCCACACUUUGAGUGGAAUGUUUCUGAUUAAGGGAGUCAAAACCGUCGAAACUGUUUUCUGCGAUUUUACUCUCGCCGCAACCGAUCCGAACUUUCAGAGGUGGAUUGGCUACGCUGAUAUCAAGUCUUCGCCCGUUUCCUUCCACGCGCAGAGAGUUGGACUCUACGACGCAGUCAACACUGUUGUUCCCUACAACCUAAUAAGGCUGAAUAUUGGCAAUGCCUUGAACCCAUCGACCGAAGUGUUUGUCGCUCCGAAAGCAGGCAGAUAUUAUUUCGCUUUCACGGGUUUGGGUUGGGCCACUUACGUCAAAGUUCAGCUGCAGGUGAAGGUGGGAUCGGUCGAUUGGAUCAAAAUCGGAGAAGCCCACGGCACAGCUUGGAACACGAUGGCACUCCAGUCGACUCUGCAACUCGCCAAAGGCGAUCAAAUUCGUUCGGUACACCUUCUGGGAGUCAUUCACGACGCCGAUGGCAACAAUUUCAGCGACUUUGUUGGCUACCUGCUCGAGGAAGAUGUUUUUGGUUGUUAA